AUGAACCCAGAAUUGGAAUUUUUAGAAUAUAACACAACUUUAGCCAAAUGUGAAACAACAGCAAGUAAUUUAUUUAAUACAACAUUGAAAGAGUAUCCAACAGCUCAUGACUCUAUAAAUUGUAAUAUUUCAACAUGUGGAAGAACGACUGAAGCUCCAGUUCCAAUUAUGAUUUUUUCAUUUACCAUAAAUGAUAGAAACAUAGCCGAUUUACAGAAUUGUAUAGAUUCCAGGAUAAAAUUGGAAAAAACAAAUUGUGGUUAUAUUAAUAAUGAAGGCGAAGCAUGCCAAGGAGUAAAAACAAAAACCACUGUGAUGUCGGCUUUUCAUAUAUUUGUGGAGCUAUUAAACUGGGAAGAAAAUACUAGUCUAAAUUAUAGUAGCGAAGUACUUCCACAACCAUCUAUUAUACUUGAAAAUAUACCACAGAUACUCAUAGCAUCGGGAAAAACCUAUGAGUUAAGAGGUUUGGGCUGUUUCCGUCGUGGACUAAGUCGUCUCAGGACUUCCAUUGGACAUUAUUAUGCAUGUUGUAAGAGAGGACAUAACAAAUGGGAAAUGUAUGAUGAUGUCCAAAAAUAUGUUAAAUACAUAAAAGGUAACACAAAAGUACCAUGUGAAUUCCUUUUUUAUACUAUUUAA